AUGCUUUCCCACCUUUUUCUUGCCGCUCUAUUCGGUGCUGAAAUUAUCGCCUCGACGACCUUGACGGCUCCAACGGCUACAAUUGAUUCGGGAGUCGUCAUAGGUAUAGCGACGUCUCUCAUUGGCUCGAAGGUGAUUGUAGAUAAAUUCCUGGGCAUCCCGUUUGCUGCUUCUCCCACUCGUUUUGCGCCGCCAGCGUCCCCGACGUCAUGGCCAUGGCCAUAUGAAGCUACUCAGUUUGGUCCUGCCUGCAUCCAACAAUUCAACUACCCUGAAGAGAGCCGCAAUCUCACCAUUUACCUGGAAAAUACUCCCCCUCCACCCGCGGGCGAGAGAUUUCUUGACCAACGCUUCGCACUCGCCUGGGUUCAACGAAAUAUCGAGGCUUUUAAUGGUGAUCCUGAGAAAGUGACGAUUUUUGGUGAAUCAGCUGGUGCCGGAUCUGUCGACACCUUGCUGACGGCAUUUCCAAACAAUCCACCGUUCCGUGCCGGAAUCAUGCAGUCCGGUCAAGCAUCUUUCAACAUCAAUCCGACGAAUGAACCGACGAGCUGGUUGGCCUUGUCUGCAAUAUUGAAUUGCACAUCUUAUGCAAGCAACCUUACAUGCCUACGUUCAAUUCCUGCGAGUGCUCUGAAGUCUACCAUUGAGCACAUGGCGUUGCCGUGGCCGGCAGUAAAUGACAAUGUCACGUCGCCACGGUAUUCGGAAGCAGCACGGGUGAAUCGCUCAGUUGCUAAUGUUCCAAUUCUAACAGGAACAAAUGGGAAUGAAGCAACAAUCCUCACCGUUGGGGAGACCAACGUCACAGCAUUUAUUGAGAACUGGGUGCCACAACAAAUGAUACAGAGUGUGCUUGCAGUAUACACUGCGAAUGAUCCUGAUUCAAUUGCCAACUUUUUCACCGACUAUGCGUUCCAUUGCCCUGCGGCCAUUGUUGCGAAUGACUCCCAGGCAGCGGGAUUUCAAACGUGGCGGUACUUCUUCAAUGCAAGCUUUGCCAAUACACAAGUGCUUCCUAAUUUGAAGGCAUACCAUGGAGCCGAGAUUGACCUUGUCUUUGGUACUUAUCCAAAACAAGACUCCACGGAAGAUGAGGAGCGCUUGAGUCAGAGUAUGCAAUCGGCCUGGGCAGCAUUUGCUAAGAACCCCAAUCGUGGGCCAGGAUGGAAUGAGGUGCCUGAUGUUGCAGUACUCGGCCCUGGGGUCGGAAUUUAUGGCGAUGGAACAGGAGAUCUGAGGAAAAUAGUACAUGCCGGAUCUCUAGAUGGUGGGUGUGGGCUGUUUCGGAAGUUAUUCGAAGCUAUUGGUGUUGCUGCUGCGGGAUAUACAGGGGAAUAA